AUGAGACUAAAACUCCUAGCAAUCAAAAUUCUGACAGGUCUUUCCGUGGCCGGACGAGCCCGUGCAGGAAACUCUUCCUAUUUCAAUCCCAUUCUUCCUGGUUGGCACUCUGACCCUAGUUGCACUUUCGUACCUACCUUGAACAACACUUUGUUCUGCACCACAUCAUCCUUCCUGGUUUUUCCAGGAUGUCCAAUCUUCGCAAGCAAAGAUUUUGUCAACUGGAACGUUGCGAGCAACGCACUAAACCGACCAUCUCAACUCCCUCAAAUUUUGACGAGCAAUAACAUUCAAACUGGUGGAAUAUUUGCUUCCACCCUCCGAUUCCAUGGCGGGACAUUCUACCUCAUUACAUCUUGGGCCGAUCCUGCAAAUUCUGGAAUAAAGAUUGUUGUCUUUACAACAGACAACCCGUACGAUGAUGAGAGUUGGUCCAAUGCUAUCUACAUCUCGAAUCUUGCCGGCACAAUAGACCCAGAUAUCUUCUGGGAUGAUGAUGGGAAAGUCAUGAUGGCCAUGGCUGGAUCUCCUAUUCAAGCGUCCUACAUUGAUCUAAAAAGUGGAAAUGCUAGUGAUCUGUUCGACCUAUGGAACGGUACUGGUGGAGAAUUCCCAGAAGGGCCUCAUAUCUACAAGAAAGACGGCUUCUACUACCUCCUUGUCGCAGAAGGAGGGACUCGAUAUGGCCACUCCGCCACAAUCGCGCGUUCCAAAAGCCUAACUGGACCUUGGGAGAAUUCCCCUCACAAUCCAUUUGUGACCGCUCGAGGUACCGAUCGUUACUUUCAGUCGGUUGGUCACGCCGAUCUCUUCCAAGAUCCAAAUGGGAACUGGUGGGGUGUGGCACUAUCAACACGUGGUGGUCCCAAGCACUAUAACGAGAGCAUCUACCCAAUGGGACGCGAGUCAGUCCUCUUUCCGGUUUCCUGGCCACCUGGGGAGUGGCCGAUUGCGGAUCCAGUGGCUGGGAGUAUGCGUGGACCCUUGCCAUCCUCGAUUCCAACUUUCGCUUCAGUCAACCCGAAUUAUACGAAUGUUUCAGUCAGAGAUCCUGAUAUCGUGGAUUUCACCCCUGGAUCUCUGAUACCAAAGCACUGGGUUCACUGGCGUGCACCUGCUAAACCUAGCUCUUUCACCAUAUCACCCCCGGGAUACGCCAAUUCGCUCCGACUCACGGCCUCUAGAGCAAAUCUGACCGGGGACGGCGAUUUCAAAGCCACGGAUGGCCAGACUUUUAUUGGAAGACGCCAAACAGAUACCUUCUUUUCUUUUUCUGUUGAUAUAGCACCGAAUUUCAUGGCCAAGGAUGGCGAUGAAAUUGGGGUUACCUCGUUUUUGAAUCAGGAUCAACACAUGGAUCUGGGAAUCGUGUACAGUGUAAAGUCCAAAGCCCAGAAAACGAUCAACUUCCGCUAUCGUGUGACUGCGCUGGGUGUUUCACGUGGACCGAUCCCUCCUGUGGUUUCAGUGCCAAUCCCCUCAUCAUGGUUAAGUAAGCCAAUUCGCCUGUCAAUCCUUGCUGCGAACACCACCCAUCACCAAUUUGUCGCUGCGCCUGCUCAUAGACCAACUCAAUCCAGGGUAUUGGCUAUUUCUAAUGCGACAUUUGUCAGUGGUGAUGGGGCUGCGACGGGCGGAUUGUUGGGAGUCUAUGCCACCACGAAUGGAGGUCAACACUCAAUGCAGGGAUACGUUAGCCGCUGGAGGUACAUACCACUUGGCCAGCAGGUUGACUAUGAAAAUGUUCACAUUAAUUCUCAUCUCUUGGAUGAAAGCAGAAGCAUUCAGUCAGGUAGAUGA